GAACACAAAAGGCCUCGCUAGCCGGCGUCCCGCGUUGCCCUUGGCAACCAUUGAGCGGCGUCUUGCCCUUCUGCGACCCUGAGAUGAGAGAGUAAACGGGGCCCCCAUUGGCCGGCCGCGGAAGACGGGCCAAUCGGAGAAGAGGGUAUAGGGAGGCGGCUGAACAAGGUUGUGGGGUAGGAAGCUAGGGUUAGAGGCAACCCGUGAGGCUAGAACCCCGAACGCGGUCGGUUGGAGCAAAUAUGUCCCUCCGGAGGCACAUUGGGAACCCUGAGAAGAUCAACCCUUAAAACAUAGCUCCAGUGUCCAUUCUUCCAUGAAGUCUUUCUUAUCACCCCCAGUGGAUGAACAAUCUCCUUUGACAUUCCUCCCUAGAGCCCUCCACGUCCGUGCUGCCCACGUGGCACCAGCAUGCACACUACAUGUUGCUCAGGUCUUCAUUUGGCAGUAUCUGAUGAAAAGGAUACCACAGAACCCAAGAUACCAGCAUAUCAAAUCAAGACUGGACACUGGUAACAGUAUGACUAAAUAUACUGAGAAGCUCGAAGAGAUUAAGAAAAAUUAUAGAUACAAAAAAGAUGAGCUUUUCAAGAGACUAAAAGUUACAACUUUUGCCCAGCUGAUCAUCCAAGUUGCUUCCCUCUCUGAUCAAACACUGGAAGUGACAGCUGAGGAGAUUCAAAGGCUGGAAGACAAUGAUUCUGCAGCUUCAGACCCUGAUGCUGAAACCACUGCCAGGACCAAUGGGAAAGGAAAUCCAGGUGAGCAGUCGCCGAGCCCUGAGCAGUUCAUAAACAACGCAGGAGCAGGGGACUCCAGCCGCUCAACUCUUCAGAGUGUCAUCAGUGGUGUUGGGGAGCUGGAUCUAGACAAAGGGCCAGUGAAGAAAGCAGAGCCCCAUACCAAAGACAAACCUUAUCCUGACUGCCCCUUCCUGCUGCUAGAUGUGCGUGAUAGAGAUUCUUACCAGCAGUGCCACAUUGUUGGAGCUUACAGUUACCCAAUUGCAACUCUGUCUAGAACAAUGAACCCUUAUUCAAAUGAUAUUCUUGAAUAUAAAAAUGCCCAUGGCAAGAUCAUCAUUCUGUAUGACGAUGAUGAAAGGCUGGCCAGUCAGGCGGCCACCACCAUGUGUGAGCGUGGAUUUGAAAACCUCUUCAUGCUUUCCGGAGGUCUAAAAGUCUUAGCUCAGAAAUUCCCGGAAGGACUGAUUACUGGUUCCCUGCCAGCAUCUUGCCAGCAGGCCCUUCCUCCUGGGUCUGCCCGGAAACGAUCCAGCCCCAAAGGGCCACCCCUACCAGCUGAGAAUAAAUGGAGAUUUACCCCAGAAGACUUAAAAAAGAUAGAAUAUUAUCUGGAAGAGGAGCAAGGGCCUGCAGAUCAUCCUAGCCGACUGAACCAAGCUAACUCCUCCGGAAGAGAGUCCAAGGUGCCUGGUGCCAGAAGCGCUCAGAAUCUGCCAGGUGGCGGCCCCGCCAGCCACUCAAACCCCCGCUCCCUCAGCAGUGGCCACCUGCAAGGCAAACCCUGGAAGUAAAGACUUUGUCUCACUUAGGCAAAUAAAUGUUUUUCCUCUUUUCAGAACCCCUGAGCAUUUCCCAAGUUGGGUCAUUUCCAGAAACUUCUGCAGAGGAAAGACCAUGACAUACGUAUGGGAUAGGCCCUCUUCCCUCUCCCUGUCUCCAGUUCCUCUCCCCUCAGGAAGGAUUUUGACAGGUGACCAUAAAAACCAGAGGUGUAACAGGCUCUAGUCUCCUCCCUGUUGUUUACAGCGUAUUUAAGUCUUGUGAAACUGUAUAGGAAAAAAGUAUCUACGUUUUUAGUUGUUUUUUUUUUUUGUUUUUUUUUUUAAUAAGGUCCAGCUUGUUGGGUCUCUCUUUGUUGUUUUGUAAAUACUUCAGUCACAUCUGCCCACGUGCCUGUCCCAGCCGCCUUUUCGUUCACUGUUCUUGACUUCAUGAAGGCUUCUCCGGGCAGUCUUGGUGUGAGAAGCUGUUUCCAAGGGUGCAGAUGAGCCUUAGGUUCCAGCCGCCUGCAGACCCCACCCCAGCAGGCUCACUCAGCAAGGAGCUCUCUGCCCAGCAUAUUGCAGGCCCUGUUUUGAGUAUGGAAGCCAGUGCCUGUGUACUCACUGAAAUUGAAGAUGAGGAGAGUAGCUGUACACUCACUGAAUGCUCCCCCUUAUUAGAUAUUUUCCUGGAGCCAGAAAGGUGUGCAUGUGGGUGUCUUCACACCGGGGAGGAGGGCCUCUCGUGGGAAAGCCCUGGCCACCACACCGGCCUGUGUCCCUUGAAGCCCACCAAAGCGGCCCUCACUUGUGGUCAGUAUAUCAGUUAUGACGCCCAUUGCCCAGCUUCAGUCCAUCCAUGUUAGAUGGACAGAAAUUAUGGCCAGUUGAAAAUACCAGCUUUGGUUGGACAACUGUGGACACACAAGGUGAAGAGGACUCCGAAGUCCUUUGUCAGGGCGGACAACCUCGUAAGCCCUUGCUUAGAAAUACAGUAUUAGUCUAAUUGAGUAAUUAGUGCAAUUUCCUGCUUACUUUUCAUUCUCAUGGCUGAACUGUGAUUAGGAAGUUGUGAUUAUAGAUUCUGGUUUUGGCCGGAAUUUUGAAUCAGCAUUAAUUGAAUUGCUAAAUGACUGGCAUUCAUUCCGUUUAAUUGGGGGAACAAAAGGCCUCAGGUAAGGAUGAGGAACUCUGAAAUCAGAUGGAAAAGAGCAGUGUUAAUUUUUAUGGUCUGUGAUCGUAGCUGUGAUAAGGGACUGAGGAAUAAAUUGUGCUCUUUGUCAUGGCAACCAGCUUCUGAAAAGCCAACUGAAAAUUGCCUGUCCUGCUUUUAACUGCUACGGGGUAAGAUUUGCCUUAACAGUACUAUUUUCUCACCACCAACAACAACAAAAAAAAAAUGCACCACAGUAUUUCUAGCAUGGGGGCUGUGUUUGUAUGAGAAAUAAACGUAAUAAAUAUCUCAUAGAGACAUAUGGAAAAAUAACUUUCAGAUUCAGCCCAGUUCUGUUUUAGAGUGUGUUUAUUCUUCUCUACUUGAUUUCCAAAGUGCAACAUUUUCCGAUGCUUUAGAAAUCAAACAAACCAGGGACAUUGUUCAGAUGUCAAGCCAUGCCCAAUUUUCCACAAGAUUCAAGAAUCUUGUAUAAAAUUCAGCCAACGUACACAUAGCUUUAAUGAGGAGCCUGUCAUGUUUCCCCAUAAAUUUAUUGCCUGAGAACUUAGUUCAGCCUUUGCUAAUGCCAAAAUGCUCUGGCUUUGUAUUUUCUUUACAGCAUAGAUAGAAAAAUGCACAUUUUUCCACACUCAGCUUUCCCCUAGCAUGGACAAGAUUUUCAGCCAUUUUUGCCACAUAUACAUUUUUAAGGAAAAAAUAUUUUUCUCUGUAACAAAGUUCUGGUUACGCAGUUUUAAAGGUGACUUGUCAGGAGUUGAGACUUCCCUGCCGGAUUCUAUUUUGAAAGUAAAUGGUCUUCCCUCCUUGUUCCAAUUCUGCGUUCCCAUCGUCAGACAACUUUGAAGUAUUAGAAACCACUGUAUAUAUGUGGAAAGCCAGGUCAGCCAGACCUGUUAGAAUUGGUGUGCACUCACCUGAGAGAUCUGGCAGGUUGAAUAUAUUUAUGUGUAUUUCUCCACAGUGCUUGCUUUGCCCUGUUGGUAAGGAUUUUAAAUAACCAUGCUCAAAAGAGCUGUUCUAAUCUGCGUUUUGCAUGUUAAGUGUUAAUAUCAAACAUUCUUUACGUGCUCGAGGUAUUGCUUUUAACAUUCUACUUUGCCAGUUUCUUCAUUAGAUUAAUUGACAUGUAUUAUUUAAAUGACCAGUGAUGCUUUGUGCAAUUAUGAAUGUUGAAGAUUAAAGUACAUAGUUACUAA